UACCUGCGCUCUCUUCCGGUUCGCUCGUUGAGGGUGACUGAGUCUUAUUUAGUUUAGCUGUAAUUAAAUCUUUCUCCAUCUUCCACCAUGAGGAUUUACAAGGAUAUUUUUACUGGUGAUGAGAUGUUCUCAGAUACCUACAAAAUGAAAUUGAUUGAUGAUGUUCUAUAUGAAGUAUAUGGCAGGUUGGUCACUCGUAAAGCUGGUGAUAUAGAAAUAGCUGGAUUUAACCCUUCCAGUGAGGAAGCAGACGAAGGCACAGAUGAAGCAGUAGAAUCUGGUGUUGAUGUGGUCUUAAAUCACCGGCUUCAAGAGACUUUUGCUUUCGCAGACAAAAAGUCUUAUACCUUAUACUUAAAGGAUUACAUGAAAAAAUUAGUAGCAAGACUGGAAGAAAAAGCUCCUGAUCAAGUAGAAGUAUUCAAAACCAAUACCAACAAAGUUAUGAAAGACAUAUUAAGUCGUUUCAAAGACUUACAGUUUUUCACUGGUGAAUCUAUGGACAUUGAUGGUAUUGUUGCAUUGAUGGAAUAUCGUGAUAUCGAUGGUGAAUCUGUGCCUGUACUCAUGCUCUUCAAGCAUGGUCUUGAAGAAGAAAAAUUCUAAAUAAUUUUAGAUAUUCAACAAAUUGUGGAAAGAUAUUAUGAACUCGAAUCAAGACUGUAUACAUGCUGAAAAGCUGUGGAAUUUAGUUAAACAAUAACACGGUUCUACUUCCAAUCUCAUUUUAUAUUGUAGUUAAAUUAUUCGUUUAAAUAAUUAACAGAAAAAAAGGAACAAAUAAUUAAUUGUACAUAUAGAAUAACUAAAGGGAAAAUGAUAAAAGACGAUUAUCUCUUCACUGUGUCGGUAUUUGAUUCACCGUGACAUUUGUAAUAGUUUUCUACUUUAUUUUUUAUUCAACACAAUCCGAACAUUUAAUUUAAUAAUAAACGAAAAAAUGGAAGAUGGGGAAAGAACUUUGCAGCAAUGGAAGUAUCAAAAAUAUGUAUAAUUAUUAUUCAUAAGAAUAUCAGUGAAUAAUAUCGGAAACAUACUCUGUAUAAUGUCCAUCAUGAAUAAAAGUGUGUUUUCUUAAGUACCGCUUA